UCUCGCGAGAUCCCACGAGCUCCACUUUCUUCUCGUCCAGCAUGGCCGCGCUGUAUGAGGGCUACACGUUGUGCGGACUUGUUCCAGCUCAAACUCUGUCAAACUCAGGCAUUCAGGGGGUCGAAACGGAGAGAGACAGCGACCAUGUCGUCGUCACCGACUCGACCAGAUCUGUCACGUUGUACAAGGUUUCAGACCAGAAGCCGCUGAGCAGCUGGACAGUGAAACAAGGACAGACCCUGACCUGUUCAGCUGUCUACAACACACAAACCAAAGAAUAUGUGGCAGUCACCGACGGCAAGGUGAUCAGAGUUUGGAAGGAAGAAGACAUAAUCUUAGAUAAAACCUUCAAAGCAACUGUGUCAUCAGAUGUCUGGAGGGUCCACUGUGUACCUGGAGGGCAGCCUGUGGUUUUGUUCCAGAGAGGAGCUGUGAGACUCUUGGACUCUCUCCUUUCUGCUCCUCAGCAGUCAAUAGAGGAAGUCCUGGCUCAAGAAGAGACCAUUAGGUGGAGCACCAACAUAGCGGCAGAGUCACAACAGUUUGUCAUCUUCACAACUGAACAGAAAGGAGAGAAUUUCCUCUACCUGCAGAGACUGAAUCCCAACACCCUACAGAGGUACCGACUGGAGAGAGAGGAGCCCGGUCUUUCUCCGCUCAGCUUCUCUGCCUCCUACAGGGACAAACACAUCCAGCUGCUUUACCUCUACCCUAAUGGUCAUGUUUACCAGAGUGUAGUAUCUCUACGGAGCCCAGGGACUGAUGAUGGGGCCCAAGCGCUUCCGCUGCCUCGUAACCUGCUGUUGGGUCUUGCUGUCGGUGAAGGUCUGCUGGAGGCAGCAUCAGCCUUGGUCCUGGAUGAAGCCCAUGUAGCUGUUGUCGGGGUUCCACACCCCUCUGCUGGAGUUGGUAAAGACUUCCUCUGCAUCUGGAAUACCAAUUUCCAGACACUUCAGGCAGGAAAAGAGAUGGCGGGUAAAAUCUACGGACAGCUCUGGACUUAUUCCAACAAGUUAUUCAUUCCACAUGGGAAAACCCUCUCUGUUAUUCCAUAUGAGUGUCCCAAAUCUUCCCUGGCCGCUGCUCUUGGAAAACUAAGACAGGCUAAGACUGAAGAGUCCAAAGCUCUGGCGUCUGUGCCAUCUUGGAAUAACAUUCUGCAUGGAGACAAAGCUCAACCCUCGAGAACAGUGGAGACCAGAAAGACGAGAACAACCCGUAAGAGCCAAUCAGCACCUAGUUUAACAAUCGAUCAAGUUCUGGAGCUCAUUAAGGAGGCACCAGCUGAAGAGGUCCAUAAAGAGGUGGAGGGGCUCAUCUCCAGGGCAGACAUACAGGACUUGCAGCCCUCAGUGGGGCAGCUAGCAUCAACCCUUGUGUCCCGGAGCCUGGCUGAUCAAGCCUUCUACACCCCGAGCAUCCUGGCACAGCUAGUGCACACCCAGUCCCUCUCCCACAGUGUUUGUCCUGACCUUGUGCUCCUGGCCCUGGAGAGGAAGGAUUACUUUCUGUGUCAACUCUGCUUGCAAUUCUUCCCCGACAUCCCAGAAGCUGUUACCUGUGCUUGUCUCAAAGCCUUUAUCAGUAUGCCAGACGUCGAUGCAGAGAAAGCGAGCCUGGAGCCUGAGAGUGUUGCCUUCAUGGAAACCCUGAUCGCUAGGGAACAUGGCCAGGGUGGCUUGCAGAACGGUUUCAGCCCUACCUCCUGUGGCGGGGACGCCCUCAGUGGAGGUGGCACUGUCAUUAAAACCAGAGCAGAAGACGAGGAGAAGCUCUCAACUCCUCCAGAGCAAAUCUGUCCAGUGGGAUUACAUAAGGCUGUUCUACUAAAUGAGGUCUUGCGGACGGCGUACAGUGACACUUUCCUCCUCCCACACCUAAAAGAUCUUUGCUCUCAACAUGUUGUUCUCUUCCUCCAGUACCUGCAGUUCCUUUACCAAAAGUUUUCCCAAGAUACUUACCCACACAGGCACGGCCAGAGAUCACCGAGUCUGACUCAGAUCAUGGAUUGGGUAUGCUUGCUCUUGGAUGCCAAUUUCACAGUGCUAGUCAUGACUCCAGAGGCCAAAAGCUUACUGCUGAACCUACACAGCUUUGUUAAAUCCCAGGUGAGACUUGUUUCUGAGCUUGGGAAGAUCGAGGGCAGCCUCCAAGAACUCAAUAAGAUGAAAGUGAAUAAGGAUGUCGGACAAUACUCCAUCGAAGUCAUUGAGCUGUUUUAGAACAAUGUGUAUACUUUUAAUAAAUCAUUGAGCAUAUUGUCCUCUUACGUUUUACCUGUAGUGGUUUCAAGGUUGUAUACUUCUUACAAAUGGUAUAAUAUUCAAUGUGUUUUGGCACAGAUGCUAGCCAUCAGAGUUUUACUGUAUAUGAAACAAAGGUAAUUUAGCCUUUAAACCAUGUUUUAAACUUAUUAAGCUCAUGGUCUUUGACCAGGUGAUAUGGUUUGCAUCAAUUCUGUCUGUUCAAAUGCCAAACUGAUUAAUAAUGGGUUUGUAAUAUGCAUGCAAAAGCUGGCUAAUACAACAAUAAGGCAGUAGUUUGUAAAGUUCAUAAAGGGACUCUGCUUUUGAACAUUUAACCAUGAGAGUGAAUGGCUGUUUUUCUUUUUUUGUAUGUGUCCUAACACAACUGAAUAUUUGUGAAUCCGUCAGCUGUGACUUUGUACAAGGUAUUCUGCAGGAAAUCCUUUUAUUUUGAAUACAAAUAUAUAACGAUGAGAAAACUUUGA